UAUGUAAACUGCACCUCCUUUUUCACAUAAUCAUUCCAAUCCUCUCUUGAUGAAAGAUGAUGUUGGAAAAGCUAAACCAUCUACAUAUAAUUUACCUAAUCAAGAUUUUAUUUAUGGAUAGCCAUUAUCAAGAGAUAAAGAAGGAGCCAAAGAAGGUAUUUAUGAAAAUCUCAAUUUGCUUAAGUUACCAUGACAUGGAAAUUUCAUCAAGAAUCUUAAGAUAGAGUACCCAAUAGAGAUUUUGCUGAACUCAAUAAAUAAUCUAUAAAUAAUGGGUUAGUCAAAGCACAUGUAACUGAUUCAUUUAUAAAUCAUUCAGGAUAUGUACAAGUAUAGAUAGACUCAUGAUGCCAGACUUAAAAUAAACAAGGGCACAAAUAUUUAAGCCAUUGAAUUACCAGAAGAGGAAUUUCGAUAUGGUCGAAAAAAUAGGUAUUUAAUACUCUCUAUCUAGACCAUCAACUCCUAUGAAAUUGGUUAUGGGUAACUCUUAUGGUAUUGAAGCUGAAUCAAACAUUUUGGAUAAAUAUUAAUAAAGAGCUGGAUCUCAAGUAUAUGCAAUAUGUUUAACUAAUUAUAGGAUUCCAAAUUGACAACAUCAAUAGUCAAAAGUAACAAAGCAUCUUAAUUAUUUCAUGAAAGCAAUCAUAAAAAAUUAGCAGCUAUCUAAGGAGUAGAAAAGAAGGAACCAUUUAAAAUGGAGAAAUUUAAAUCUGUCAAUCCUAAAAUUAAUACAAAUUUAUCAACUAAAAAAUGAUU